CCCGCCUUUCGAAGGUGGCAGGGCUGCCUCCCCUCUAACCCUGGGUUGCCGCCUCCGCAAAGGCCGGCGGGCUCAGCGCCGCAGUGGGAUCCAGCCGGUUUUCGGCAGGCGAGGGCUGGAGCGGGAGAGCCCUCCUACAGCGAGGCCAGGCCGGGAGGCUGGACUAGAAGGGUUGCGGUUCCCUUUGUCCGCUCUCCACAGCAAGGGGAAGGGCCGUGCCGGCUCCCGCCCCGGAAGCGGAAGUGCAGUCACUGCGGCGUCCCGUCCAGUGUGAGCCCGGCCCGUGCGCCCGCCGUUCCGCCCGCUGGUUCACAUUGAGUCUCUCGCUCCUGUCCGUGUCCUGCCCUUCGUCCCCGCCAUGCUGUCUCUAGACUUUUUGGACGAUGUGCGGCGGAUGAACAAGCGACAGCUCUAUUAUCAAGUCCUAAAUUUUGGAAUGAUUGUCUCUUCGGCGCUAAUGAUCUGGAAGGGAUUAAUGGUAAUAACUGGAAGUGAAAGUCCAAUUGUAGUGGUGCUCAGUGGCAGCAUGGAACCUGCAUUUCAUAGAGGAGAUCUUCUCUUCCUAACAAAUCGGGUUGAAGACCCUAUACGAGUGGGAGAAAUUGUUGUUUUUAGGAUAGAAGGAAGAGAGAUUCCUAUAGUUCACCGAGUCUUGAAGAUUCAUGAAAAGCAAAAUGGACAUAUCAAGUUUUUGACCAAAGGAGAUAAUAAUGCAGUUGAUGAUCGAGGCCUCUAUAAACAAGGACAACAUUGGCUAGAGAAAAAAGAUGUUGUGGGGAGAGCCAGGGGAUUUGUUCCUUAUAUUGGAAUUGUGACAAUCCUCAUGAAUGACUAUCCUAAAUUUAAGUAUGCAGUACUCUUUUUGCUGGGUUUAUUUGUAUUGGUCCAUCGUGAGUAAGAAGUCUGCCUUGAUCCUGGGAAGACACCGUACUUUUUGUUACUGAACGUUUGGAGUAGAUACUGGUCUGUGAUUGGCGGAAUGGCGAACACACACGUUGGCACUUCUUGGUAGCUCUGGUUUGCAUUAGUUUCUGUUUCCACGCCAGAAUAUGUGUGGGCGGGUGCAUGUGCACCAUGGAGUGCACUUGAGGGGACUUUCAAUCACAGGAUUUCAUAGUUGUCAUUGUCACACUUUCACAUUUUUGUACAUCAGUGAAUUUUUUAUAUUAAAAGGUUGAGCCAAAGCCCCCAGUGUUUGUAUUUUGAAGCCAAGCUUCACUUCUAAAGUGCCUACAGAGUUCUGUAAAUGAAAAUGCAGCUCUGCACGAGUUUGAAACCGUCAUACCUCCUUAUAAUGGGAAUGGCAUAUACUGAGGUGGUCAUAAGUCUUAACUUUUCAAAAUUUUAAAUAAAAGACUUUGCACAUUGAA